AUGGGAAAAGCAGAAUUUCUCUGUCACCUUGUUCUUCGAUCUCUGACAUAUCUCUGUGCUGUCUCUCAUUCUAUAACAGAAACCUUUGCUGCUAUGCGUUACUGGGAUGACUUCAACCUUAGCAGAGAAGUGAUUACUCAUUCUCUGCCAGCACACACCAUCUUUCUCACUCUCUUCAUCAACACUUACUUGCACGUGCCCAAAGACAUGGGAAGAAGCCCUUGUUGUUCUAAAGAAGGCUUGAACAAAGGAGCUUGGACUGCUCUCGAAGAUAAAAUUCUGACAGAAUACAUUAACAUUCAUGGCGAAGGAAAAUGGAGACACAUGCCCAAAAGAGCAGGUCUUAAGAGAUGCGGGAAAAGUUGCAGGCUGAGAUGGUUGAAUUAUCUCAGACCUGGCAUUAAGAGAGGCAACAUUACUAAUGAUGAAGAGGAGCUUAUUAUCAGGCUUCACAAUCUUCUUGGAAACAGGUGGUCCUUGAUUGCUGGACGGCUUCCAGGACGAACAGACAAUGAAAUAAAGAAUUAUUGGAACACCAACAUUGGAAGGAAACUUCAAAAUGGCACCCCGGGAUACUCCAUUACAAGUGGAGGUGCACGAAGCAGUUUAAACACAGUUCAGCAUGAUCAAAACGUGAAGAACCAAGAAUGGCACUAUGAUAAGGGUUCGUGUCUUGUUCAGACUAAAGCAACAAGAUGGAGCAAGGUCACAGUGACCAAUGAAAUUAGUCAACAUAGUGAAGUCAAAAAGAGCAAUGUUGGUGAUCAUAACAAAAUGAAGGCAUUUCUAGUGUCUCCAUCUUCAGAGAGUAACAAUGAUUCAGUGCUGAAUUUCAUGGAAGAUCUUGAGAUGGAUGGAAAUUUCUUCUCGGAGUUACUGAAGAUGGAUUUGCCUGAAUCAUCUUGUCAGGGAAAUAAGAUACUGGAAGACAAUGAUAACCCUAGUUCGGUUGAUAAAGGGUAUUUAUCUCCAAAAUCAGGCAGUGAGACCACCCACUUUCCUUGGGGUGAUUCACUGUAUGACCCAAAUUUUGAUUUUCUACCAGUGACAACUUUUAUGGAAUCCGGAUUUGAUUGGCUAUGA